CCGAAACAGAAAAAUAAGUUCAAUCCAACACAACACGUAAUACUGUGAAGCAGUUUCUCCAUAGUGUAUGUCCUACUCGCCUAGUAAAGAUAGCGAGAAAGCGUUAAAGGAGAGUGACGCAAGGAGACAGCGUUGUCUACGUAGAACUACUGACAUUGACUAAGAACAUAAUGCAUAUACUGAUAUCGUGAAUCCAUAUCAAUCGGCCGGCUUUGCUCUGGGCCCGCUAGUGCCCGUCCCAGCACGGAUUGGGAUAGAACUAUACCAGUUGUGUAUAGUCUUUCCUAUAUGUUGUGAAUUGGCUUGGAGAUGGAGCUUCGAUGCCACAGACGGUGAAACUGUCUCGGAUACGCCCAGAUACGCCAGUUGGGGCAGCUAUUGACGCGCUCACCGCUUAGCAAGCGCAACUCCACAAUGACAUCGCGGAUAGAAGGAGCUUUUGAUGCCUUAGAAGAUGGGCUCUGUGUCUUUGAGUCGGCAAGCGGACGUUUGUUGCACGCCAACGCGGCGUACAGGCGUCUCCUGCCAACUCCGCAACUCCAAGCACACUGGGGAGAUUGGCUAGAACCUGAAUGCCGGAGAGACGCCGAGGCAGCUGUGGAGAGCAAUGGAAGGCAUACCGUCGCUCUUAUGCACCGCUUGCCGAAUGGCGAAGCCGCUCGGCUAGAGCUAACCGUUAGCCGACUGGCCCCUGGCGACUCCUGUAUGGCGCGGGUCAAGCACCUAGCCACACCUGUGCAGCACCCAGAGGCCCAACCACCACACCAACCCACCACACCGCCCACCACAGACAGCAACACCCUUCUUGCUUCAGCCGCGGGCCUCUUCGGCUGCUGUCCGCAGCCGCUGUGCAUCGUAGCCCUGCAGCAGCCCCUGCAACACCAGGCACUCCAACAACCGCACCAGCAGCAGCAGCGGCACCAGCCGGAGCAGCAGCAGGAGCAGCAGUCGGUCCACCGUCCCAGCCAGCUACUGCCACCGCCUCAGGCGCCAGGAGAGCACCCCCACGGACACACCCCCACGGCAGCUGCCAGCUGCCCCCCUGCGGAGCUUCUGCGGGAUCCAAAUGAUGCGUACGGCACGCUGCUGUACCACAACGAGGCCAUGCUGCACCUCGCCGGCGGCGACCCGCAGCUCCUGCGCAGCGCCGGACUGGGGCUGCUGCUGCUGCGCCGGCGGCGGCAGCCACUGCCUCCCUCCGCCGCCUGCACCGCAUCCUGCAGUAGCAGUGGCAGUACCGCGGCAGGAGGAGGCCUGGAUUCAUGCUCCAGGGGUGCGGCCGGGGACGAAGCAGUGGAGCGGGAGUGGGAAGAAGAGGAGCAGGCGGG